AUGUCUCAAAUUCAAGAAGUAGCCUACCUCCAAAUCCCACUUCAAACUAUCAAACUGGCCACCAACGACUUUUCCCAACAAAAUUUCAUCGGGCAGGGUGGAUUCGGGAGGGUUUACAAAGGCGAGCUACCGCACCCCAACAGUGAGGUCGUUGCUGUAAAGCGGUUAGAUAGAAUACACGGCCAAGGACAAACUGAGUUCAUAAAGGAGAUUGUAACGCUCGCUAGCUACAAACACGAUAACAUUGUUUCUAUCAUUGGGUUUUGUGACGAAGAUGGCGAGAAAGUCCUGGUUUACAAGUAUGAGGUUAACGGAAGCCUUGACAAUCAUCUGGCCAACCCAGACCUAACAUGGGAGCAACGCCUUCGAAUAUGUAUUGAUGCGGCUCGUGGACUUAAGUAUCUUCAUGAUGAUGUGGGGGUGGGCCAUAGAUUGAUCCACCGCGACAUUAAGAGUGGUAACAUCUUGCUGGAUGAGGACUGGAAAGCAAAAAUUUCAGAUUUUGGAUUGUGUAAAGUAGGGCCGAGGAAUGAACAGUUCUCUUUUCUUGUCACGCUGGCUGCUGGCACUUAUGGAUAUAUAGAUCCACAAUACAUGCAGACCGGUGUACUUACAAAAGAAUCUGAUGUGUAUUCGUACGGCAUAGUAUUGUUUGAAGUGUUAUGCGGAAGACUUGCUAUGAUCGCAAGCUAUUCAGACCAUCGUACAUUUCUACAUCAUUUGGUAAAACGUCACCUUAGUGAUAGAAAACUACACGAAAUCUGCUUCGCAAAUCUGAAUGGACAUAUUGUUGGAAUUUUUCGUGUAACUUUUAGAAAAUAA